CUGCUUUAUCCACAAAGCGGCAACAACGGGAAAUUCAAAAAAGUAUUCACAUUCACGAUCCUAUUGAAAUCUAUUUAUCUGUGAGUUAAUUCUAAUAAUUUACUUAAAUAAUUUGGAGGUGAACAUUAGAAAACAUGACUGAUCCAAAUGAGACAUUAAGCAUUCUCAAUGCUGAGGCACGUAGGCAGAUGGAAUUAAAACGAGACAGUGAAUUGUGCAAGAUCAGGAAAUUGCGUUUGGUCUUGGAUAACUUACAAAAGAUUCGAAUAAAUAAAUUGGAUUUGCCAGAUAGUGGUGAGCAAGUAGAUCAUGCUUUAAAAGUACUAGAUGUCAACGACUACUUGCAUAUGAAUGCCGGAGGAGCAGACGACUAUCUUCUAGGCUUGAAAAAUCUUCGAGAGUCCAUAAACUUGACUUAUACGGAGCGAAAAGCUAUACGCGAAGAAAUUACAUCCUUAUUACGUUCAAAUUUACAACCAGUCAUUGAUUUUGGUAAAAAGUUAAAAGCAGAGAUACCUGAUGUGUUUGCAGAGCCUGGUACACCACCACCCACCGGCAAAGGUGUUUCAACAAAGGCCUCUGGAUUCAAUCAGAUCAUUUCUUUGGAGUCCCAACGUCGUUCUAAUUUGCAAAAACUUGUGGAGGCUCGUAAUCGCAAAUGUGCUUACCUCAAGGCUGCAGCAGAAUUGAAAAUGGGUCCAUACCUUGCACAUGAAUUGGAACUUUUGCAUGCUCAAGGUAGACUAACGCAAGAGAAAUCCAAUAUACUAAGAAACUACUUUACGAACGAGUUAUUAGCACGAACUGAACACAGCGCCAAAGCACUCAGAGAAGUUGAAAAUUAUAUAGACAUGGAAUCAGAAAAAAUUGCGGGAACAGAAUCAAAUUAGUGCAAGUCACCUUCUCUAUUAUAAAACAAAAUACGUAUGAAUUUAACAUUCUUUAGUGGCAACGCCUUAUCCUCAUCCAUACCACCUUACGCCCCUUUCCCAAGAAACCGGCUUUCAGCUGUCAUAUUACCGCGAAGUUUUUAUUGUUUGCAUUUUGGACGCCAAAUUUAUGCUCAAG